UUUAGUUUUGAAAAGCAAAUAUUUUGUACUAUUCUUAUGUGAAGGUUAAGACAAUUAGUAUGAAUCAAUAUAACUAAAAAUAAAUAUUAAACGCUCACCGAUAACAAUGCCAGUAGAUACAGAAGAGGAGUAUUCCUUUAUAAAGCCACCGCCUAUUUUUGACGAUUUAAAUGAACGGGUGAAGGAAUAUUUACUAAAACCGGAAAGAUUAUCCAUUCACCAAUGGGAGAGAUCCCAAAACCACUGGCACAGAACACCAGACAUUGAUUCUCUUUUUAAAAUAGACGAAGAUGAUAUCGGUCUCGAUACAACUCUAGAGGUAGUCCGAGAUCCAAUCACAGGUGAAAUCAUAGGUGUAGAAGAAGUAAGUAUACCAGUAGAGGAUGAUGAAGUCAGUUUAUCCAUGUCCCGAACCCCACUGCCUCCAAACAUGGCUACAAGGGGAACCAUCACACAGAACCCGUUCUUGCCAGCUGGCUUUGAAGAGGAAUUGGAAAAAAUGCUGGAGGAAGCUGCAAAAACUGGAGAAGUUAUUGUGAAUUUAGAAAGUGAGGAGCCUGGAAAAUUUUUGGGUGAAGAUAUUUUAACACAACCACCUGGAUGUCAAGAGAAUGUUGUAUUUGCCAAUGAUGGUGUGACACUACUGGAUUCAACAAAUGAGAACAACCAAAGUAUGGAAAAACAAGAAGAUAUCCAAAUUGAUAUCAAUUUGGAGGAAGUGGUCGACAACAACACACAUUUAGUUGGUCUAUGGCAAGAUGACGACGAAAUACAACAAGAAAAACCAAAACCGAUUAAAAAAAUUGAACUUGACAUUGAAUCUGAUGUAGCAAAUGACAAUUUCCUUGAGAGCACCAUUAUAAAGCCACCAGUAGAGUUACCAGAAAUACCAGUACUGAAUAUAACAAACCCAACAGCUAGGACUGGAGUCACAUCCACAGAAUGGGCAGAAAUGAUUGACGUGUCCCAGCCUGUGCCUGAGUUUAAGGAGAGAAUUAAGGAUUUGGCACACGCUUAUCCAUUUGAAUUGGAUAACUUUCAGAAACAGGCUAUACUUAAGUUGGAAGAAGGACAUCACGUGUUUGUAGCAGCUCAUACAUCUGCUGGAAAAACUGUAGUUGCAGAGUAUGCUAUUGCCAUGUCUAGGAGAAAUUGCACAAGAGCGAUCUACACAUCACCCAUAAAAGCACUAUCAAACCAGAAAUACAAUGAUUUCAACAAAACAUUCGGAGAAGUUGGUCUCUUAACCGGCGAUCUACAAAUUAACUCGACAGCUUCCUGUCUUGUGAUGACGACUGAGAUUCUAAGAUCGAUGCUGUAUUGUGGAUCUGAUGUAACAAGAGAUCUGGAAUUCGUUAUCUUUGACGAGGUUCACUAUAUCAAUAAUGCAGAGCGUGGUUAUGUAUGGGAAGAAGUAUUAAUUCUGCUACCAGCUCACGUCAGUAUAGUGAUGUUAAGUGCGACUGUACCGAAUACGCUGCAGUUUGCGGAUUGGGUAGGUCGGACGAAGAAACGGAAAGUGUUUGUCGUGUCCACUCCUAAACGACCCGUACCUUUGUGCCAUUAUUUGUAUACAGGCUCGGGUGGAAAGUCCAAACAUGAACGCUUCUUAGUUGUGGAUCAAGAGGGAAAAUUCCAACUUAGGGGUUAUAAUGAAGCCGUUGCCGCUAAAAAAGCCCGGGAAAACGAGUAUAAGAAAAGUUUUGGACCAAAAGGUGGCAAACAAUUCGGAAAUCCAAAGGCAGAGCAAACAAUGUGGGUUGCUCUAAUUGACCAUUUGCGUUCAAAUGACAAAUUGCCCGUAGUGGCUUUCACAUUGUCUCGAAAUAGAUGCGAUCACAAUGCGGAAAAUUUGAUGUCAGUUGAUCUCACCACCGCUAAAGAAAAGGGACACAUCCGAUCGUUCUUCCAAAGAUGUCUUCAGAGGCUCAAGGAACCUGACCGAAAGUUACCACAGGUUAUAAGACUACAAAGAGUUCUGGAAAAUGGUAUUGGUGUCCAUCACAGUGGUAUAUUGCCUCUUCUAAAAGAAAUUGUUGAAAUGUUGUUCCAGUCUGGUUAUGUAAAAAUCCUAUUCGCAACGGAAACAUUCGCGAUGGGAGUGAACAUGCCAGCUAGGACUGUAAUAUUCGACGACAUCACAAAGUUUGAUGGACUUCAGUCGCGCAGUUUGGUGCCUGCUGAGUACAUACAAAUGGCAGGCAGAGCUGGCAGGAGAGGGUUGGACGAUACUGGUACAGUGAUAAUUCUGUGUAAAGAUGGCGUCCCAGACCAAAUGACACUCAAAGAAAUGAUGUUGGGAACUCCACAGAAGUUGUCUUCUCAAUUCAGGCUCACUUAUGCUAUGAUUUUGAGUUUAUUACGAGUAGCCACAGUAUCCGUAGAGGGUAUGAUGCAGCGUUCCUUCCGAGAACUGCACCAAGUUCUCCAACAGGAUAACAAUAAGAAAUUACUGCAAAUAGCUGAAAAGGAAUACUCAGAGAAAUGCGGGACGCCUCUAGCAUCCCAUCUUGCCCCAUUGGCCACUUUCUACGAUACAGCAGUGGGAUAUAUUGAUGUUCUUAAUGAAAUGAUGCCACUUUUGUUAAGCCAGCCCAAAGUGUCUAAGGAAUUUGUGGCAGGCAGGAUAUUGCUGUUGUCAGCGGGGCCUUAUAUUAACCAGUUGGGCAUAUAUUUGAAUAGUAGUGGUCCUCGUCAAACUCCAUACAAAGUUUUAGUCCUUAACACAGUAGAACAAGACACAAAUAGGUAUAACUUUGAUCUCGAUGACGCGUGGUACCGAAUGCUGAGCUUUUCAGCUAUGUAUGAUCAUAUUGGCACUGAGGAAAGCACUUUAGAGCACACUAUAUUAACAAUAGCGGCAAAGAACAUCAUUGCGGUCACCAAGACGAGUUUGAAGAUUGAUGCAAGUAUUAUUAUACAAGAUUGGGAAAAACGGCAAAUGCCAAGGUUCAAAGACGCGCCCGUAGGCACGAGUUGCGCGAACGCAGUACAAGAGUUGUCUCGUUUGAGCCACGCGGUACGGACUGGCGCUAGUGCGCUGGAAAGCAUCAGCCUUACGCAAUCACUUAAUAUUUCUACAGGAGAGUUACUGCACUCGCUCGAUAAAAUGAAUAAAUUGAAGGCUGAACUAGAUACGCAAAAGAAAAGCACAGGCAUCGCGAAUUUCAAAAACGAGUUCGCAAUCGUAUACGAAAGGAAACAGGCUGAGAGAAAACGGGAUAAAUACAAACGCCUAUUGUCCUUUGAAUCUCUAGCACUCUACCCAGACUAUCAAGGACGACUCCUUGUUUUACGAGAACUAAAUUAUAUAGAUGAACAUGACAGUGUAAUACUAAAAGGCAGAGUGGCAUGUUGUAUGGGGACUAAUGAACUUAUCAUAUCGGAAUUGGUCUUCAGAAAUGUGUUUACGGAUAAGAAUCCAGCGGAAAUCGCUGCGUUGUUAAGUUGUUUCGUUUUUCAAGCGAAGACGCAUGUGGAUCAAGUGCUUACUGACAAAUUGACGGAGGGUGUUAAAGCGAUUGAAGUGAUUGAAGAGGAGUUGUGCUCUAUUGAAGCUAAACAUGGGGUAUCCCAAUUUGAGGGUCAGCAAGAGCGAUUGAACUUUGGCCUUGUGCGUGUUGUAUACGAAUGGGCGUUGGAAAAGCCUUUUGCAGAAAUCAUGGAUCUCACUGAUGUACAAGAGGGAAUUAUUGUUAGGUGUAUUCAGCAGUUGCAUGAGCUUCUGGUUGAUGUAAAAGAUGCAGCAGUGGCUAUCGGUGAUCCGAAACUACAGGCGAAGAUGAUGGAAGCGUCAACGGCCAUCAAAAGAGAUAUCGUGUUUGCCGCCAGUUUGUACACAACACAGCGAGAAACUGUCAUUUCAUAAAAAUAAAAAAAAAAGUGUGUAUGUACUUAUGUACACGCGUUAGAAGUUAUACUUCUUUGGCGUAUGGAAAUACUAGAAUAUACAACUUGAACAUAGUUAUCAAUUUUCAUACCA